AGAGAGGGAGAGAGAGAGAGAGCGCAUCACAUUUACUCCACAUUUCAUACCAGCUGAUCACAUCUUGACUCUACUGAAUGGGGACGGGAUGGAUUAAAGCGGCUUGAUUUGCUAUGGUGGUUCCGAGCCUACCUGCUGUGUGCAGCGGCCGCCUACAUGCGCACACAGAGAGCCGCUGAGCCGCUUCUAGCCCGGAUGAGGCUUGUUAGAAAGUGCCGACAGAUUACCCGGUGAGACGGGUUGGUGCGUUCCAUGCCGUUGGAUCAUGUCCUAUGUGUCUUCACAAGAUGGAAGGUGUGUGUCUCCGUGUUCCCGGCCUCACACUCCUCUGAAUGGCCAUGCCCACGACUCCCCCGGCUGGAGCCGCCCGCUCCGCGUCCGAGACGGAGACCAGUUCUACAUGCUGGACCAAGAAGAGGUUCAUCCUCUUCUCAUGAGCGAUCGCCGUCCUGUCUCUCACCGCACCAAGCUGCUCCGCAGGACUGUCUCUGUACCUGCCGAUAGCAGACCCCACCCCGAAUCAGAGCACGCUCGUGCUCGCCGAAAGAGCUUCGCCACAGUGAGGCAGAGAAGCAUGGAAACUCCGCCCACUGCUCCUCCCCAGCAAUUUCGUCAAUCGAGUUUCCUUAGCCGCCGUCUGAAAAGCUCAAUCAAGCGAGCCAAGAGCCAGCCCAAACUUGAUCGUACCGGAAGCUUCCGCCACAUGAUUCUCCCACGAUUCCGCAGCGCUGACCAGGAGAGAACCCGUCUGAUGCAGAGCUUCAAGGAGUCUCAUUCCCAUGAGUCCUUGCUGUCGCCGAGCAGCGCGGCCGAGGCGCUGGACCUCACGCUGGACGAGGAUGCCAUCAUCAAGCCCGUCCACUCCAGCAUCCUCGGCCAGGAGUACUGCUUUGAGGUAACAACGGCAUCCGGGACAAAGUGUUUUGCCUGUCGUUCAGCCGCCGAGAGGGACAAGUGGAUCGAGAAUCUGCAGCGAGCUGUUAAACCCAACAAGGAUAACAGUCGUCGGGUAGACAAUGUACUUAAGCUGUGGAUCAUCGAGGCGCGGGACCUACCGCCUAAAAAGCGCUACUACUGCGAGCUGUGUCUGGAUGACAUGCUGUUUGCACGUACCACCAGCAAGCCUCGUACCGACACAGUGUUCUGGGGCGAGCACUUCGAGUUCAACAACCUCCCUGCUAUCAGAAGCCUUCGACUGCACCUCUACAAGGAGACCGACAAGAAGAGGCGCAAGGAGAAGAGCACAUACCUCGGCUUGGUCAGCAUCCCCAUUUCAAGCAUCACAGGACGUCAGUUUGUGGAGCAGUGGUACCCCGUCAUCCAGCCCAGUGUUCUCGCCAAGGGUGGUGGCGUGGGCAGCGGGAAGGUCAUUAACGCCUCUCUGCGGCUCAAGUCUCGCUACCAGACGAUGAGCAUCUUGCCCAUGGAGCUGUAUAAAGAGUUUGCGGAGUAUGUUACUAAUAAUUAUCGCACCUUGUGUGCUGUUCUGGAGCCACUCCUGAGCGUCAAGAGCAAAGAGGAAGUGGCCUGUGCCCUGGUGCACAUCCUACAAAGCACCGGCAAGGCCAAGGAUUUUCUGUCAGACAUGGCUCUGUGUGAAGUGGAUCGUUUUAUAGACCGAGAGCAUUUGAUCUUCAGGGAGAACACACUGGCCACCAAAGCCAUAGAGGAGUACCUCAAACUCGUUGGGCACCGCUACCUUAAAGACACCAUCGGUGAGUUUAUCCGUGCGCUGUACGAGUCUGAGGAGAACUGCGAGGUGGACCCCAUGCGAACCCCACCCUCCAUGCUGCCAGACCACCAGGCUAACCUACGCAUGUGCUGCGAGCUUGCACUCUGCAAGAUCAUUAACUCCCAUUGUGUUUUUCCACGAGAGCUGAAGGAAGUCUUCGCAUCAUGGCGCGUCCGCUGCGCCGAGAGAGGCCGCGAGGACAUCGCAGACCGGCUCAUCAGUUCCUCACUGUUCCUGCGCUUCCUGUGCCCCGCCAUCAUGUCUCCAUCGCUGUUCAACCUGACGCAGGAGUAUCCAUCAGAGCGCACGUCCCGUACCCUCACGCUCAUCGCCAAGGUGGUGCAGAGCCUGGCCAGCUUCUCCAAGUUUAGCGGUAAGGAGGAUCACAUGAUGUUUAUGAACGAGUUCCUGGAGAUGGAAUGGGGCUCCAUGCAGCAGUUCCUGUAUGAGAUCAGUAAUGUGGAUUGUGGUAGUAACGCGGGGGCGUUCGAGGGGUACAUCGACCUGGGCCGUGAACUCUCCAUCCUGCACAGCCUGCUCUGGGAGGUCAUGGCACAGCUAAGCAAGGACGCAAUCCUGAAGCUAGGACCCCUGCCACGCUUGCUAAAUGACAUUAGCGUGGCCCUGCGCAACCCCCAGCUUCACCGGCAGGCGAGUCACCAGCCACCCGAACGCCACCUUACACGGCCACCCUUCAGCCGCCCGUCCACCAACGACUUCCAGAGCCUGAUGAUGAGGGAGCAGAACAGCUCUAUAGAUAUCUCUCGCCUGCCGUCUCCCACGUCGGGUAUGUCUGGAAGUGGAGCUCUGUCUCAUCCAGGCAUGGGCGCUUUUGACAGAGAUCCCCGUGGCAACAAAGAUGUAUUCUACAUGGCACGCCCACCCCUAGCUCGCUCAAGCCCUGCCUACUGCACCAGCAGCUCUGACAUCACCGAACCGGACCCAAAGGUGCUGAGUGUGAAUAAGAGCGUUUCCAUGAUGGACCUGCAGGACUCUCGCAUCAACAGCAUUUCUAAUCUGCACUCUGUGAAUGACAUGCUGAACUCCUCACAGGGCUCCAUCGCCGGCCUGGGCAGUUUCGGCGGCGCCCCCCUGCGCCUCGGCGGCAUGAGGUUCAGCCAUUCGGGCGGUCUGGCCUCAGACUCGCUCUCGCAGCAACACGCGGCGGCCGCUAUGCACGUGCCUCUCUCCUUCCAGAACCCGCUGUUCCACCUGGCUUCGGACGGGCCGCAGUACCACGCCGCCGCUCACGGCUCGCACCCCGCGCCGCUCCUGCUCGCCCCCGAACACGAGAACGGGCACGCGGGCUACGGCGUGCCUGCCUUCGGCCACGGCGGCUUCUCCCGCAGCGAGGAUCUGUCGGCCCUGCGCACACAGAACAGCCUGGUGCAGCCCAGCAUCGUCCACUCGCACAGCUACAGCGACGACUACACCCGCCACAACCAAGCUGACUAUGCACGCCGCCAGCUCUCCCUGCAGGUGCAGGAGAAUCUCCAUCAGCAGGUACUAAUGGGAAUGGCCCCUCAGACCGCUACAGGCACAGGAACACCCGCCUCAGUCGCCACGCCCCCGACCACCAUGCACCCUGUCCGCCAGGCCUCCAUGGCUCAGCCCCCAGCACAGCGCAUGAAGCCUCAGCCCUCCCACCAACUGUCCGUCAGCGCGGCUGCCAACUCCACCCCUCCAAAGGUCAGACCCCAGAGCGGCAACCUCCUCCAGUCACCCGAGUCGAGUUUCGGAGCCAGGCCGAUGCCACGGCAGCAGCUGUUGGUCAAGGACAGCCCGGCCCCGGGCCUUCCUCACCAGUCCAGCACAGCCAGCGAUAUCCAACCACCGCCACAGGGGGGAAGUAGUGAGAAUGCCGAGAACACACAGAGCGACACGCCCGCUAAAGCUGCUCCACAGACCAACCAACAGCACCUAUUGAAACCAACUACUAACAAACAGGGCUCGAAGGCUCCCUCCACGCUGAAUCCAUCGACCCCUGCAUCAGAGAGGACGGUGGCCUGGGUGUCCAACAUGCCACACCUGUCUGCAGACAUCGAGAGCCUGCGUGUGGACAGAGAGGACCUGAAACUAAAGGAGCACUCCAAGAGCAUGGACGAGUCUCGGCUGGACCGGGUGCGUGAAUACGAGGAGGAGAUCUACUCUCUAAAAGAGCGGCUGAUGAUGUCCCACCGUAAGCUGGAAGAGUACGAGCGCAGGCUGCAUUCACAGGAACAGCAAACCAGCAAAAUCCUCCUGCAGUACCAGAGCCGGCUGGAUGACAGUGAGAGGAGACUGCGACAACAGCAGCUGGAGAAAGAUUCUCAGAUCAAAGGCAUCAUCAGCAGGCUGAUGGCAGUGGAAGACGAGUUGAGAGGGAGUGGUGUUUCUGACCUCAAAUCGCAAAUAUUUUCAGGCGAGCCGAUCUACGGUGGGCACUCCGGGACAUGAUCGAACCACAGCGGCACGACCGAAUAAGUGACUGGACCCGCGUCAGUCCAGGAACCCCCUCGUGUCUGGUUGAGAGAGGAGAGAAAGGAAGAGCCUGAGCAAAAAAGUCUGACGCAACCAACCAACCCCCCUCUCCCACCACACAAAAAAAAGCACACAAACACAAGAGCACAUGCUUUUCUACGUACGUCCUUCCUUCUCAUCUUCGAAAUAUUGAGCCAAAAUAAUGACAAUCAGCUCUUUUUUAUGUAGUUGAACCACAAAUUAUCUACACGGUGCUGUUUAUUGUUCAUUCGGCCAUUAUUCAUUGAUGAU